AUGGUCGGGCAGGUGGUCGUGGCCAUCGGCCAGGUCUUCAUGCUCUUCCUGCCGCCGCGCCUAGCCUCGGUGUGGUUCGGCCCGGACCAGGUGUCGCUCGCCUGCUCGCUCGGCUUCAUCGGCAUCCUGAUUGGCAAUGCGGCCGGCAUGUGUAUCCCACCGCUGCUGGUGCCGAACAGCAAAGACAUCGCCCAGGUCGGCGCGGACCUGCGGUCCAUGUUCCUGGGGAUGGCGGCGUGCACCACGGCGUCGCUCGUCGUCCAGCUCGCCCGUGAGGACCGCUGCAUGUUCCAGGAGGAGCCCCCGCUGCCCCCGAGCCCGGCCCAGCAGCUGCAGCGCGACCGCGAGGACGAGGGCCAGACCGACGAGUUCUGGACGUCGCUGCGCCGCCUGCUCGCCGACAAGCAGUUCAUGCUGAUGCUCGUCUCCUGGUCGCUCAACGUCGGCGUGUACUGCGCCAUCAACACGUUGCUAAGCCAGCUCAUCCUGCCUCACCAUCCGGUAAAUGUUGCCAUCGCUCCCGCUUAG